AUGGAAAAGAUUGUGGCCAAAAGGCUGGCAAAUUACUUAGAGAGGAAAAAGCUCCUUCCAGACGGCCUUGGAAGCUAUAGACCAGGGAAAGACACCUGCACAAACAUGGCUGUGUUAGCCUUUGAUGUAUUUGAAUCGUUCCAGAGAAAGGAGGAGACAGCAAUGGCUGCUGUAGACCUAGAGGAUGUUUACAACCGAGUUGAUUACUGCAAGCUCAUGGAUCUCCUGAUGGAAAUGGAUGUUGACCCCUACAGACAGCAUGAGUUGAAGUAUCUGAGAAUCACUCUGGACAGGACACUUUCUUUCCGAAGACAUAUUGACAAUGUUACUGUCGGGGCUCAGAAGGGCAUCAAUGUAGUGAAGACCUUGGCUUCAGUGGGAAUUCAACAGAGAGUUCUUUUUCUCUUAAUGCAGCUGGUGGUUCAUUUCGUCAUAGACUAUGGUCUGGGCAUCCUUUCCCUGUCCAAGACUCAGAAAGGCAGGUUGGAGAGAGUACAAAAUGCAGCUGUGAGGGCUGUUCUAGGUUGCACAAAGGACACCCAUGUUGUCUGUAUGAGAUACAUCCUUGACCUGGCCAGCAUCGGAGUGAGGCAUAAGGUGGCACAGGCAAAGUUGUACUUGAAUGUUUUGGGAGACCCGAGGCACCCUUUGCAUGACAACCUAAGCAGCAUCAAAGGAAACAGGGUCAAACGGGGCAGCUCAUGGAUGGCAGGAGCCGAAGACUCCUUGAGGAAAAUAUUUCGCACCAGUCCCCUCCCUCUCGUUAUAACAGGAUUCCACUGUAGUAGUGGUACCUGGACUUCAAAACUUCUGGAGCAGAAGUGUAAAAUGGUAGCGGCCUAA